UAGUUCUAGGAAUAAUUGAAAUCUACUGUACCACGUAUGUUAGGUAGGUGGCCAAUUGCGUCGAGGUUGGCGUGCGUGCGUGCGUUCAAAAAGACUUCCCUUUCCCGUGCGUCUCUCUCACCCUCCCUCAGCGCAGUGCUCCAUGAUUAGCUCCUCUUGGGGGGCAGGAACGAGCGUCAGCACGAACUCAACCGCAGCCGCGGCUAUUUAGCCCCGGGGGUACUGCUGCACUUGCUGCCCGGGGUCAGCCAGGAGUACGUCUACGUCGUGAUGGGGUGGAGAUCUGCCGCCGGCCGCUUGCUGGCGAUCCUGCUCGUCCUGCACCUCCUCGUCGCUUUCUCCCACGCGGCCCGCUUCACGAGGAGCUACAGGAUGAUGGCGGUGGAGGCUCCGGCGUUCCGUGGCGUUAGAGGUGAUUCAGGAGAGGGCAAUAGGAGGGACAGCAACGCGAUUGUGGAGGAGAUGUUCGGAAGGAUGGCUCUGCAGACAACCGACUACCCUGGUUCAGGCCCAAACGACCGUCACACUCCCAAGGCGCCCGGGACAUGAUCAUGCCAUGUCAAAGUCCAGAUGCUCAACUCACUCACACGUAAUAUACAGUAUAUGUACAGAAGAUUUAUUAGCUCCUCGUCAAAUUAGAACUUAGAACCCAUCAAAAUGGGUGAUUAUUCAAAGUGUAAAUUCGUAUACGUGUGGAGGUUACUGUAAGAUUGUGUGCUAUGCCAUUUCUAUUAUGAAAAGUCCAAUGAAGUUAUCCGGGA